GGAACUAUGCAGGUGCUGUGCCACCAUUCUCGCCAGACUGUGCCGCCAACAUCGCCUUUUUUUAGCCCCCAUCACAAUACUUGCACAUUCCAAUCUCGGCCGAAUGCCACCAUAUCAACACUGCACUGAUAUGGGGGGGAAGCAUAGUUCCCCAACGGUGCAUUCUUUGGCGGACAAGACUUGGACGUUCCACCUCCUUGCCGCAGCCAUCUGUGUAGGUCGGGUGCUGGAAGCGACCACGAGAUUGCCCUUCCCUGCAGAUCGUUGCUAGUUCCUUGCCUGCGCCGUUCAGCUCGAAUCCAUUGCUCGCAAUAUCUUGCCUUGGUCCGCGCGUUCCCGAGCUCCGAGCUCUGCCUUUUUUUCUCAUUCUGCCGCAGCGAGCAGUGGAUCAACAUCUCAUUAUUGUGACGAUCAUUCUUCCUGGAGAGUUUGGAUUCCUACAGAAGCUUCGAGGACAGCAGAAAUCAUGGAACUCUCAGCGAGCCAGAAGCUCAACUCACCAGCUGCCGUCCCUCUGACGAAUUUCAUGGCAGGUUCCUGGACGGCCGCCUCGAUAGCUGCUAUCUUUCUCAGUGUUCGCCUCUACACCCGUCUAAGAGCAACACGUCGACUAUUCUGGGACGACACCGUCCUCAUUUUCGGCACCGUUUUCGUUAUCGCAGCAUCAGCACUGUGGCAAUGGGCAGCACCGAAGUUCUGGUUUAUAUUAGCUGUAGGAUCGGGAACGGCCUUUCCAACAGACCUGCAACAGUUCAUGAAGGAUGUCGAAAUCACCAUGCGGGUCUUUUUUGUCGAACAGAUCUUCUUUUACAGCACAUUGGCUUGUGUGAAGCUCUCGCUUCUCCUUUUCUUCAGGAGGAUUGGUUGGCACAUGACAAAGAUCAGAGUCGCCUGGUGGUCGGUCCUGGGAUUUGUGGUGGCAACAUGGCUUACCUCCAUCGGCGAUUCUCAGUGGGGAUGCUUGGUUGCGAAGGGCUUUGAUAUCAUGGCUCAGUGUACUGAGCCUCCGGCUAUCCGGUAUGCCAACCUAACGCUCAGGAUUAAUUGUGCCUUGGAUGUGUUGUCUGAUGCUGCGGUCUUGUCCAUCCCUGUCAUCUUGAUCUGGGACUCCAAACUUCGGAUGGCCAAAAAGCUGGCCGUCAUUGGACUAUUUUCCCUCACACUUCUCACAAUGUUGGUUGCCAUUCUGAGGGUAGUUGGCAUCAGCUCGGCGACCUGGGCAAAUGGUCAGGUUGAUCCGAGCUAUCUGUGGCUGUGGAGUUAUAUCGAAACUUGCAUUGCAAUUAUCGUCGCAUGUCUCACAGCCUUUCCCCAGCUCUUCGUUUCCAACAAAAAGCCCACCCCAUACAAACAGUCCGGACCAUCAAGCGGAUCAGCCCCGCCCUCGGGAUACAAGGGACAGGAAGACUCUGUCCGCAUGGUGCAGUCAUAUGGUGACGCUCUUGACACGUGUGUUGAUGAGGAGAGCUACGGCUGCUCCCCCAUGGCGUUUGAAAGCCACAGCACUACCAACCUGAAGCCGGCCGGCAUGAGCCAGCCCUAUCCUGAGGUCGUAGAGUUGCAUCACGUUUCGCCGAUUGCCAGCCCAUACCAACAAAAUGGGGGAUACCAACAAAGAUACCACUAA